AUGGGAUUAAACCUUGGUACUGUCAAUAUACACCUUUUCAUUGUCUCUCUCUCUCUCUCUCUCUCUCUCUCUCUCUGUCAUUGCCAGUCAGGCACAUACACCAAGUUUGGCGUCUUUAUCUCUCUUUCUUCUCCCCACCUCUCUUUCCCCGACUCUUUUUUCCCCGGAUGCUGUUCAACAGAUCUCUCUCUAUAUCUGUCUCUAUCACUCUUUCUCUUUUACUCUCUCUCUCUGUAUUUCUCUUUCUCUAUCUCACUCUAUCUCUCUCUUUCUCUCUCUUUCUCUAUCUCUAUCACUCUUUCUCUCUCUCUCUCUUUAUUUCUCUUUCUCUUUCUCUAUAUCACUCUUUCUCUCUGUAUUUCUCUUUUCUCUUUCUCUCUCUCACUUUAUCUAUCUAACGCUAUCAUUUUUUCUCUCUCUCUCUAUGUAUUUCUCUUUCUCUAUCUCAUUCUAUCUCUCUCUUUUCUCUCUGCAUCACUCUUUCUUUCUCUCGCUGUAUUUCUCUUUCUCCAUCUCCCUCUCACACUCGUUCUCUCUCUCUUUAUUUCUCUUUCUCUCUCUCUCUCUUACACACUCGUUCUCUCUCUCUGUAUUUCUCUUUCUCUCUCUCUCUAUCGCUCUGUCAUCCUCUCUCUCUCUGUAUUUCUUUACCUCUCUCUAUCUAUCCAUCUCUCUGUAUUUCUCUUUCUCUCUCUCUCUGUGUCUCUAUAUCUCUUUCUCUCACCCUCCCUUCUUCUUCAUUAUGUUUCCAAGAAUUUCUCUCUCUCUCUCUCUCUCUCUCUCUCUCUCUCUCUGAUUCUGAUCCUCAUAUAUCUAUCUAUAUCUAUCUAUCUAUCUAUCUAUCUAUCUAUCUAUCUAUCUAUAUAUAUAUAUAUAUGUCACGAGCCAUUCGGAGCUGAAACGACGGCCAUUUAUCAUCGGCUGACCAUCGAAAAGAAACCACGUCAGAUUUCUCCGGUUGAGGGCGGCCUUCCUAAAUCUCCUCAUGCAGCAGCGACCGUCGAGGCUGGGCUUGGACGGGGCUAG